GUUGCACCAGGAUGGUCCAGCCUGCACACUUCAUCGCUGAGAACCUGAGGAGGCGACAGCAGUAAAUCCUCAGCAUCAUUUGCAAUCACAUAACUGAAAUAAAAACUGCGUCUGCCAACGUCUUGUAAGUGCGGUAUCACUAUGAGAUUUGCAGAAAGUAAGCCAGUUGGAUAAGACGUCGGGGUUGCUUUUGUCUUCAGGAUGAACAUCUCAGGAGGCAGCUGUGGGAGCCCAAGCUCUACUGAAAGUCUUCCUGCAGGGGACCUAUUUAAGGAGCUAUGGUCCAAACUAAAGGAAUGCCAUGAUAAAGAAUUACAAGAGCUUCUAUUGAAAAUCGCCAAGCUAAAGAAGCAGAGGUGCUUAGAUGCGCAACGUUUGGAAGAAUUUUACACUAAAAAUAAGCAGUUGAGAGAGCAGCAGAAGGUGCUUCAUGACACUAUUAAAGUUUUAGAAGACAGACUCAGGGCUGGGCUGUGUGACCGCUGUGCUGUAACAGAGGAACAUAUGAGAAAGAAACAGCAGGAAUUUGAAAACAUCAGGCAGCAGAAUCUGAAACUCAUCACUGAACUUAUGAAUGAUAAGAACACUCUUCAGGAUGAAAAUAAAAGGCUUUCAGAGCAGCUCAAGCACAUGCAAAAAACAGACAUUAAGCAGAUAACAAGUGACGGGCCAACAGAUGCUGGAGGGGACUGCGAGGAUGGUAUUAUCCCAGACUCCCCAGUCAGUUCCUUUCCCCUGUCCAUGGUCAGUCGGAUGCGCAGAAGAAAAGAAAACCAGCGUGUCAGAUAUACUGAACAAGCACAAGAAGUGGGAGCUGCGGAACCCAGCAGUUCUGGGAGCGUACUACGUACACCCACUCAAGCAAAUGUAAGAAAAGGAGAGGAUAUUUUGGUAGCAGAAACUUGUGACAUGGAACAGUCUUCUGUUUCCAAUAAGCAAGGCGAGAAACCAUUUUUUAACUUGGCAGCAGUUGUUGCAGAAACGCUAGGCCUUGAAGCACACGAAGACUCUCAAUCCCAAAGUGUCUUAAAUCAUCCUCGGGCUGAUGCUCACAAGCAAGAGGAACAUUCCCCAAGACUGGCCGAGCUAGCAUAUACAGAUAACUCUCAGGAUAAUCCACAUGGAAUGGAAUGGGGCACACAGCAAGCUUCCCCCGUAUUUGGAGCAUCCCCUGUGUUAAAUGGAAACAGCACAGAUGCAGACACUUCUACGUCCGUCCUUAUGGGAAUAAAGAGCAAGUUGAAGUUUCCGUAUUAUAGCAGAACAUCUGACUCUCCGUUGCAGAAAACGAAGGCAUUGUCUGAAGAUGCGACUGUAGUUGUGCCCGUCUGCCUUGGCGCAGAAGCAGAUUCUGUAAUAAGUGGAUAUUCAGGCAACCGACAACCAAAUGUCUCCAUUAUCGAUGUCAUCAACACUAAUGACAAUUUGAGUACAAAAAACACUUUUGACAGAGAGCUUUAUAAACCGACCAAAAACAGAUAUGUGAAAAGGAGAAAAGCGGAUAGCGAUGAAGAGGUCAGCUGUGACAUUUCUGUCAAUAAGGAAAACAAUGGACCUUAUAGAACCAUCUCGCUGGACAAGCCUUUGGAUCUUUCAGAUCGUUUCUCAGGGCUUCACCCUCGGGAGAGUAGCCACAAUAGUUCUAGCGCCAAUGUUAUACCCCUAAAUGCGCAGGACUCCUUGAAGCUGGGUUCCAAAAAGAACUCCUCAUUUGGGAAUUUGCAUGGAAGCUCAUUAUUACAUCCAGAUCUCAAACAGGAUCCCCAUCUGCAAGAGCCACAGGAACAAGCUCUUGGAUCAAAUAACGGGGGGCAUUAUGAAAACAAUGAUGAAACCGAAGAUGACAAACUACUUUUUGAUGAUUUAAAGACUGGAAGCACCCAGGAGCCAAGGAGAAAAGGGAGAACGGUGAACAGAGGCUGUGAGCUGACGUCCGUUCUGCAGCCAAACCCCCACAUGGUACAGGCCAAAGUCAUUUCCUUGAAUAAUGGGCCAAGUACACCUCCAUUGGAUAACAUGCCAUGGAGCAUAGAUCCGGGGGCAGAUCUUUCUCAAUACAAAAUGGACUAUAGUGAAGAAGAAGAAGCCAAAGAUGAGGUCCUAGGAAAGACAGAGCAGGACGACAUGGACUACACCUAUGUGAGUGACAGUAUGUUAUUAAAGAUGAGAAAGCAGGAGCUCAUUGACAGUGACACUCCACCAGAAGAAAGCAAAGAAAAUGACAGCUUUGAGGAGAUGUUUGACAAAACAGAGUGUGGGGACUAUGUGUCCUAUCUCCAUGAAAAGAGGUUGGAGGUUGAUGGAGAGCAUGAAGUGUCUGCAUUGAAAAGGAAAAAGGGAAAAGAAAGAGAGGCUGAUGGUAAGGAAGUCACCCAUCGGAAACAGAAGGCAUUUAUAGAACCUUACUUCCAAAGUCCUGAAAGGAAAAGGUCUGCAGUGGACUAUCCUCAUAUUGAGGUUGUACGCAACAAAGAGGAGAGAAGAAAGAUGCUCGGGCAUACAUGCAAGGAAUGUGAAAUCUAUUAUGCUGAUCUCCCAGAAGAAGAGAGAGCAAAGAAGCUGGCGUCGUGCUCAAGGCAUCGCUUCCGCUACAUCCCACCCAGCACACCAGAGAAUUUCUGGGAAGUGGGCUUUCCUUCUACCCAGACUUGUAAAGACAGAGGUUACAUCAAAGAGGAGCUUUCGCCCUGUCAGCGUCCACGGAGAAGACAGCCGUAUAAUGUAAUGUUUUCUCCAAAAGGCAAGGAACAGAAGACCUGAACACGAGAACAGACUUUUUUUAUGUGAAUUCAGUAACUUUCUUGGCUAAACACAAUUUUAGGAAAAGAGCAGCUGCAUUUCUGUGGGCAUUACUAGCAGUUCUGUGUACGUUUAAUGGAAGGGGUUAGCUUCCGUAGGCGCAAGCAAUACCUAUUAGACGGUCUUGCUCAGUUUUUUGGUAGCUGGAUUUUGAUGUAACACAUCAAUAUUAAUCAAAAUUAUAAAACAUUUUAUACGUAAUUAUAAAACAACCUUCUUAAUGUCUAUGUAUUUUCAUUAAUAUAAUUCAUGAUAUGCAUGAAGCAUUAAUAUCCACAUGCCUUCAUUCUUCAAAUGUACCAAAA